GUGAACGCGACGUCAACGCAUUUCGCCAUAUUAGCCUUCUUUCCGGGUUGAACCAUCAGUAGGCAACAACUCAAAUAUAUAAUAUUUCGAAAUGGGUAAAUACGCUCGUGAACCUGAUAAUGCUGCCAAGAGCUGCAAAUCUCGCGGAUCACAUCUUCGUGUGCAUUUCAAAAACACCCAUGAAGCCGCCCAAGCCAUCAAGAAAAUGCCACUCCGUCGUGCACAACGAUUCUUGAAGAACGUCGUUGACAAGAAGGAAUGUGUACCAUACCGUAACUUCAAUGGUGGUGUUGGCCGAUGCGCUCAAGCCAAACAAUGGGGAACAACCCAAGGACGUUGGCCAAAGAAAUCCGCCGACUUCUUGCUUCAAUUGUUGAAGAACGCCGAAAGCAACGCCGAAUACAAGGGUUUGGAUGUCGAUCGAUUGGUCAUCGACCACAUUUUGGUUAACAGAGCUCCAUGCCUUCGUCGUCGUACAUACCGUGCUCACGGUCGUAUAAAUCCAUACAUGUCAUCGCCAUGCCACAUCGAAGUUAUCUUAUCCGAAAAGGAAGAAGUUGUGGCUAAAGUCGCUGAUGACGAGCCCAAGAAGAAGUUGUCGAAAAAGAAGUUGCAACGUCAAAAGGAGAAGAUGAUGCGCAACGAGUAACGCGUUUGUUACAAUUUUCCAACACAAAAAUUGAUAUGAAUGUGUAAAUUCAUAAAAUAAACCGAAAAAAAAGAAAACCGCAUUAUUAUUUGGUAAA